UUUGGAACCGACCGCUCUUAUUACUCAGAUCGCCCGCUCAAAUCCACACACAAACCGUCAUUCCGGUGAUCGGCCGGCAACAGAAUCUUCAAAUUCAAGAGGCCAGGCGAUGUCUCUGUUCUAGCGAAGCUCCGUCUGAGGUCUCGGCUGGCUUUUCGCUCGAUCCGAACCGGACUGCGAAAAAUCAAACACGCCUCGCUACCUUCUGCGCCCGAUCAACUGGCCCAUUUCCAUCAAACCAAAACCCAGGACCUCGACCCCCGCUGCCUUCUGCGCCCUCCCCAUGAACUGCCUGUCCCGCGUGCCUUCCUACACCGCGGCGAUAUGUAAGAGAGCCGCCCGCUUGAUCGGCGGCCGUCCUUUCGUCGAGCGCGCUAGUGCGCCUGCUUGGGGCGGAGCGUUCCGGAAUGCUGCUCUCAGAAGCGCGAAGUCGGAGCCGGUGCUGUGCAGGUACGGUGUUCGAUGUUAUUCCUCUAAGAGAGGCAAGAGAGCCGGGUCCAAGGCGGCGGCGGCGGCGGCGGUCGUCGAUCCGGAGAAAGAUUCCUUCUUCGUCGUGAGGAAAGGGGACGUCGUCGGUGUUUACAGGAGCUUCCUCGAAUGCCAGGCUCAGCUUGGUUCGUCGGUAUGUGAUCCUCCUGUCAGUGUUUUCAAAGGUUAUAAGAUGUCUGCAGACUCCGAGGAUUAUCUCACCUCCCGUGGGCUUAAAGAUGCUAUCUACACUAUCAAUGUUGCUGAUUUGAAGGAUGAUCUUUUUGGAAUGCUUACACCUUGUCCUCUUCAGGAGCCUGCUGAAUACAGAGGUGAAGAUACAGAGACUAUUGGACCCAAAGAGACAUCCCAUGAUGCAUUGGAGGAAGAAGUUUCUGUGACUGUUUCAACUGAUCCAUCUGUAAAGUAUGUCAGCUCCAAUCUCAAUUACGAGGGGGUGCCGACAUCUUUAAAUUGCAACUCCUGUAUUCUUGAAUUCGAUGGUUCAUCAAAAGGUAAUCCGGGGAAAGCUGGGGCAGGAGCUGUAUUGCGAGCGGAAGAUGGAAGUGUGAUAUGUGUAUUGCGUGAAGGUGUGGGUACAGCCACGAAUAACGUUGCUGAAUAUCGAGCUGUUAUCUUAGGACUGAAGUAUGCCCUGGAGAAGGGGUGUAGAAGUAUUCGUGUUCGAGGUGACUCCAAACUCGUCUGCAUGCAGGUUCAAGGCUUAUGGAAAGUCAGACACAAGAAGAUGUCCGAGCUGUUUCAAGUGGUCAACAAAUUGAAGCAGAACUUUCACUCGUUUGAGAUCAGCCAUGUUCUCAGGGGCCUAAAUUCUGACGCCGAUGCUCAAGCAAACAAGGCGAUCCUUCUCGCUGAUGGUCAAAUUGAAGAGGAAUGUGUGGAGAUGGUUCAGAUGGCUGUGUGUGACUCUGCGGGCGACACUCUUAGAAGGAUUUUGCCUCAAGCUCCGGUUUCAGGGCCACAUAUAAUGUGCUGUAAUAUUCUGUUAUUAAGAGCGACGGAUCAGGAGGAGCUCUGGAGAGCUGAAGCCAUGUCGGCGAUCCUAUCGCGACUCGCCCGGAGCUCCGCCGCCGGCGCGGCCGGAUGUCCGCUUCCUUCGGCCGCCGCCGCCGCCGCCUCCGCUUCUCUGCUGCGCCGCCUCUCCUCGCCGCCCCCGCGCCGCGCCGUCGCGGUCGCCCGGUCCGAUGUCGCCGCCGACGCGGACGCGGAGGGGGAGGGCGUGCUGGGUCUUCCCGCGGCUUCGGUGGUCAUGGCGGCGGAUCCGACCGUGCUCCAGCCUCGCGUGGUGGUUUACGACGGCGUCUGCCAUCUCUGCCACCGAGGGGUGAAGUGGGUAAUCAAAGCAGACAAACAUAGGAAGAUUAAAUUCUGUUGCCUCCAAUCUAAAGCUGCAGAACCGUACAUGAGACUCUGUGGUCUCGAAAAAGAGGAUGUCCUUCGUCGCUUUCUGUUCGUUGAAGGGCCUGGAGCAUACCACGUAGCUUCAACUGCUGCUUUAAAAGUGAUGUCCUACUUGCCGUUGCCAUACUCUGCUCUUGGUGCACUACUGAUGGUACCGACACCAGUUAGGGAUGCAGUUUAUGACUAUGUUGCCAAAAGGCGAUAUGAUUGGUUUGGAAAGGAAGAAGAUUGCUUGGUUCUACGGGAGCAGGAUAUGCUUGAGCGCUUUAUAGACAGGGAUGAGAUGUUGGAUCGAAGUCGAUCAGCUUUGUGAAUACUUUUGCUUGCCUGGCAUUUACUUCAUAUUCAAGUUCCCACUUGUAAAUGGUUUCCAUCAUCUAGUUCUCUCUCUUGAUUGAGUUUCCAAUGACAGAACAUGACAUUGCAACUCAGGAAAUUAGACUUAACUUUUUUCUGGUUGGAGUCAUGAACAAUACAAAUAGCAUCAGUUAAAUUCAAUUUUAUAUCAUCUUUAUUUAUUGUA